GUUACGUUGUGAACUGUACGCAGCAGCUGCUGGGACACCGUCUCACUCAUUGAUGUGUCUUUGGCUUUACUCUGUCCAGCAUGACUGUGGGAAGGGCUGCUUCUCCAGUUGAAAGGGAAUUUAAUUACCAGUAUGCGUAGAAGUGGAAUAAACAAAUCCGACACGCAUCCAGCUGCUGCCGCUAGCUCGCGAGGUAACGUUAGCUAGCCGCCGUAGCUCACCAGCUUGUGGGGAACGAGCUAACCGUGGCUAGCCAGUCGCUCUCUGGCUAGCUACAGUUCACCUCCAAGACGUGGAAGUUGAUAAUUGCCUGUACCUGGCUGCCGAGCCAGCUUGUUACCGGUUUUGUGUAACGUAAAGGGACAACAUGGAGCUGUUCCAAGCCAAAGACGAGUACAUUCUUCAGAGCGGGGACCGUGCUCUGUGGUGCAGCCGAAAAGACGGGACCAUGACCGUCAGACCUGCUACAGACCUGUUGUUAGCUUGGAAUCCAGUGUGUUUGGGUUUGGUAGAAGGUGUCAUCGGAAAGAUACAGCUUCACACAGACCUUCCUCUGGGCCUUGUAUUAAUCCGUCAGAAAGCACUGGUAGGCAAUCUACCAGGCAACCACAAAGUCUACAAGAUUACCAAGAUAGCUGUCAUUCCUCUGUCUGAUGAAGAGCCUCAGGAGCUUGAGCUGGAGCUUUGCAAAAAGCAUCACUUUGGAAUCGACAAACCAGAGAAACUGGCCCAGUCUCCCGACGACUCAAAGUUUUUGAUGAAAACCUUCAGCCAGAUCAAAUCUAAUGUAGCUGUGCCGAUCAAGAAAAAGGUCAAAGAAAACAAAGAGAAGGAGCGUCUGGAGAGGCGGCUGCUGGAUGAGCUGUACAAGAUAUUCAUGGACUCAGAUUCCUUCUACUACAGCAUGACCUACGACCUGACAAACAGUGUGCAACGCCAGGGAGACUCGGAUAAAUCCGGCUUACCCCUGUGGAAGCAGGUGGAUGACCGUUUCUUCUGGAACAAACACAUGAUCCAAGACCUUAUUGACCUUCAGGUGCCAGAGGUGGACUUCUGGGUGACACCAGUCAUCCAGGGCUUUGUACAGGUGGAGGAACUGGUGGUGAACUACAACGAGACAUCCGAUGACGAGAGGAGCAGCCCUGAGACUCCACCACAGGAGAUCACCUGCGUUGAUGACAUACAUCCUCGCUUCACUGUGGCCCUGAUCUCCAGACGUAGCCGUCACCGUGCAGGGAUGCGGUACAAACGCAGAGGAGUGGAUACCGAGGGCCGUGUGGCUAACUAUGUGGAGACAGAGCAGUUGAUCCAUGUGCACAGCCACACUCUAUCGUUUGUGCAGACUCGUGGCUCUGUGCCUGUCUUCUGGAGCCAGGCAGGGUACCGCUACAAUCCCCGGCCACGCUUAGAGAAAGAGGAGAAAGAAACAAUGUCUUACUUUUCUGCUCACUUUGAGGAACAGCUUAAACUCUACAAGACCCAGGUCAUCAUUAACUUAGUGGAUCAAAGAGGACGGGAGAAGAUAAUUGGCGAUGCAUAUCUGAAACAAGUCCUGCUUUACAACAACCCAAACCUCACAUAUGUUUCAUUUGACUUUCACGAGCACUGCCGAGGUAUGAAGUUUGAGAACGUGCAAAUACUGACAGAUGCUAUCUCUGAUAUCAUAACUGACAUGAAGUGGGCCUGGGUGGAUCAGGCCGGAGUUAUAUGCAAGCAGGAGGGCAUCUUUAGAGUCAACUGUAUGGACUGUCUUGACAGGACCAACGUGGUCCAGGCUGCUAUUGCGCGGGUGGUGAUGGAACAACAGCUGAAGAAACUGGGCGUGAUGCCUCCAGAGCAGCCUCUGCCUCUCAAAUGCUACAGGAUUUAUCAGAUCAUGUGGGCCAACAACGGAGACACCAUCAGCAGACAGUAUGCUGGCACAGCAGCGCUCAAGGGAGAUUUCACCAGGACGGGGGAGAGGAAACUGGCUGGUGUGAUGAAGGAUGGUGUGAACUCAGCCAACCGCUACUAUCUGAACCGCUUUAGGGAUGCUUACAGACAAGCGGUCAUUGACCUAAUGAUGGGCCUGCCAGUGACAGAGGACCUGUACUCCAUUUUCAGUAAGGAGAAGGAGCAUGAAGAGAAGGAGAAAGAGAGCCAGAGGGGAGCGCAGGAGCAGGUUAGCCUCCUGCUGCAGACAUACAUGCAGCUUCUGCUGCCUGAUGAUGAGAAGUUUCAUGGAGGGUGGGCCCUCAUCAAUUGUGACAUGAGCCUUGUUGAUGCAACCAACAAAGACGUGGAUGUGCUGCUGCUUCUGUCUGACAAAGCCUAUUACAUUGCUUACUACGAUGAUGAAGCAGAUAAAGUCAACCAGUACCAGCGCCUCAAUUUGGAGGGUUUGGAAAAGAUCGAAAUUGGUCCCGAGCCUACACUGUUUGGGAAGCCAAAGUUCUGCUGUAUGCGUUUGCACUACAGGAGCGAAGAGACGAGUGGAUACUUUCACACGCUGAGAGCAGCAACACGAAAUCCUGAGGAUGACGGAAAAGACACAUUACAAUGCAUAGCUGAGAUGCUUCGCAUAACUAAACAGGCCACAGGACUGGACCUGGUUGUGGUUGAAAAGAGGCUGGAGAGGCGGCAGAGUAAACCUCAUGAGGAUAUAAUGGGCAUCCAGAACAGACCUGCUGACCAUGUCCAGGGUAGUUCUGGUCUGGCACAGGGCAAAAGCUUCCUCCUCAACAAAUUCUCCUCCCUCAAUCAGAAAGUCAAACAGACCAAGACGAAUGUGAACAUUGGCCCCUUCAAGCCACUUGGGAGGCUGGGCAACUUCUCAAAGCCUGAUGUAAAAGUCAAUUUCCUAAAGCCAACUAUGCAUGUCAACCUGUGGAAGUCAGACAGCAGCUUGGAGACAUCAGAUAACCCUGGCACAGGAGCCCUAAAAGAUAUCGGUGAUGGGCACUCUGAAAUCUCUGAUGAUUCUGACUCCUAUAAUUCUGACCCAGAGCACCCGUGUGCUGGUUCUUUAGAAAAUGUGGACUAUGUGCUGCCUAGCUGUGGCAUUGUAGCAUCAAACCCUCGACUGGGAAGUCGCUCACAGUCUAUUGGCAGUGUGGAGCUAAAUAUCCCCUCUGUUAUUCGGGUCACAGGCUGUGAUGGGAAGCAGGAAAGCCCCUCUCAAGUCAGUGAUGACAAGUCCCCAGGGGCUGCCUCAGUGGCUGAAGAAGCCAUUCUGAUUGACUUUGGUACUCCCAUUGAUGCCUACUGCCACCAGUUUGUCCACGAUGCGCAGACCAAACCUGUGGAGGUGUUUGGAGAGCUGCCACAAGCUGCUGUCCCCCCUCUCAACCCCGCGGUGCCUGUGCAAAAUAAGACCCCAGCAGACACAGACAAGCAGCCAAGCUCGGAGCCACAGCCUGAGCCCCAGCUCCCCAGGCCGUCCCAGCUAGAUGUUGACUCCACUACCUCCGCUUCCAACCUUCUCACCGUCCAGAAGCCCAGCUCUGCCGCCUCAGGAGGCUCUCAGAGGAGUCUGUGUUCACAGCUGGAAGGGAGCCUUGGCCCGUCACCUGCCGACAGCAACGGCAGCAGAGUGGUGUCCCCCUUUGCCAAGAUCAAGAGCUCCAUGGUCCAGGUAGCCAGCCUCACCCAGGCGGGACUUACCCAGGGCAUCAACUUUGCUGUGGCAAAGGUACAGAAGAGCCCGGAGCCAGAUACUGUCAAUGAAGCCCAAGAGAGUGAGCUGAAGGCAAUGUUUACACAGUGCCAGACCAGGAUCAUUCAGAUCUAGUGCUUUCCUUGUAGCAGGAUUUUGUAGUCGUACAUCGUGUAAAAACUUCCUGUAUGGUAGCAGUAGCAAAAGCUUGCACAUAGCGUCACUACUCGGCCAAGAAAUGCGCUCCUAAAUUUGCCCUUUAGUUAAACUUGCCCAUGUUAGUGAUGGCUCUUGUACAGAACUUAGACAUAUAUAUUUAAGCCCAAUAUGACAGUGACCAUGUUUACAUGCACAUAAUUAUGGAUUCCCUUAUACUCAAGAGAGCACCUACUGUCCGGUCCAGUUUUUUGACAUGAGGGACUUUUAGCAGAUAUCCCUUUUACCAUGCAGCAUUGCACAGUGUCAGGUAUUUAAAAAUUAAUUGCUGUCAUAUUCCUUUACUAUAGAAAAUGCAAUAGGGGAGAUUCCAUGACAUUUUUGAUGUAAAUGUCUUAGAAUACCAGUACUGAGUACCUAGACUGAGCAUAAAAAUGGUAUAUGGUCAAUGUUUAUGUGUUUGGGGACUCUGUUACAAUACCCAUAUUCAGUACAGCACAGUACAUUUGAUUGAGAUAAGUGUAUGUCCAUUUAAAUUAUAAAUCACUCCACAAAUAUUGCUACUGUUAAAGUACAACUGCACGAUAUGCGAAACAAAUCAUACUGUGAUUAUUUUCACAGAUAUUGUUCUUGCAAUAUGAGUCACAAUUUUAGUGGGAAUGGUAAUUUUUGCAUUUCAUUUUUACAGAAAAAAUAUUUAAUGUGAUUUUUGCUGAGGUUUGUACCAAAAGCAUGUUCCCUUGGGUCUGCAAAAUGAUUUGUAGGCCGAGGCAUCUCUGUAGCGCCACAGUGCUUCAUUUAUAAUGGCAUGUUGUGACACCUUUUACCUUUUAUCAAAAAGAUUGCAGCACGUGUGAUGUGGAUAUUGCACUUGGCCAUAUUGCGAUUUCGAUAAUAUUUUGAUUAAUUGUGCAGCCCUUGAAGUAAAUUGUUCUCUUUAAGUAGUUUUCUUAUCAAAGUUCAAGUAUAUUCUCAUUAUUAUUACCUUAAGAGUCAAAUGACAAUACAUGAGAGGAUGUUUAGGUUUUCAAGAUGUUUUAAACUCAUUUUUUUGUGCAUGUAAACAUGUCACUAUAAGUCUGACAUGUUACUUUACCCACAGUGCUUGCAUGUGAGGUUAACGGUAACUGAUUUUGACAUGGCAGGUAAACAUUAAUUGUAUGUCGAAAGUAGGGAUAGACCGAUAUGGAUUUUUUAGGGCCGAUGCCGAUACCGAUUUUUUUCCAUCACCCUUAGCCGAUGACCGAUUAUGAAUUGCCGAUUUUCUUGAGCCGAUAUUUGGG